AACUUUCGUGUCAGGUGAUUGCAUUCUUCGAAGUCAUUUUUCGAGAAAAAAAAUGGGGGAAUUGAAUGGUUACAAGCCGGCAAUGGCAAUGGUUGCCUUGCAAUUUCUUUAUGCAGGAGUUGCUCUCUUCACUAGAGCUGCUUUUGUGCAAGGAAUGAGCACCAGAGUCUUUGUUGUUUAUAGACAAGGCAUUGCAACUUUGGUCAUGGCCCCUCUAGCUUAUCUCUCCACAAGGAGAUCAAAUUCUUGUAGAUCAUCUUUAGGAUUGAAGGGCUUUGGUUGGAUUCUUUUAGCCUCUCUUAUUGGUGUAACUGCUAAUCAGAAUGCUUAUUUUGAGGGGCUAUAUUUAUCUUCUUCAUCACUAGCAAGUUCAAUGACAAAUCUGAUCCCUGCAGUCACUUUUGUAAUGGCAUUCAUUGCUGGAUGGGAGAAAGUUAAUAUUCGGAGCUUGAGAAGUAUUGCCAAGAUACUAGGGACUGCCUUCUGUGUCAGUGGAGCUGUUUCCAUGGCAUUGCUCAAAGGUCCAAAGCUAUUGAAUGCAGAAUUUUUACCAUCAAAAUCAGUAUUAUUCAUUCCAGGAAUUGAUAAUUGGUUACUGGGUUUCUUACUUCUCCUUGGCAGCAGCUUUUUCUGGUCCUUUUGGAUGAUUCUGCAGGUUCCGAUUUCGGCAAGCUGUCCAGACCACACAUAUUCAUCCGCCUGGAUGUGUUUCCUGGCAACAAUAGAAUCCGCAACUGUUGCAUUGCUUGUAGAGGAAAGUCCUGAAGUUUGGACUUUACACUCAUUUCUUGAAUUGGGUUGUUGUUUAUACAGUGGAAUUGGCUUGGCAGUCUCUUUCUUUGUUCAAGCUUGGUGCAUUUCUCAAAGAGGUCCACUCUUCUGUGCAAUGUUCAAUCCUUUAUGCACAGUGAUUGUCACCCUUUUUGCUGCUUUAUUUCUGCAAGAAGACAUGUAUAUUGGAAGCUUGCUGGGGGCUUGUGGUGUGAUACUUGGUUUAUAUAUUGUGUUAUGGGGCAAAGCUAAAGACUUCGAAGAGAUCAGAAAAGAAGAACAUUCAGAAAAGAAAAGCAGUUGUAAAAUUGAUUUGGAAGAAUCACUUUUAUCUGAAAAAUCACCAACUGUUAAUUCAAAUGUUUAAUUUUUGAGCAAAAAAAAAGUAGAUUCAAAUGUUUACUAUCUCAUUUGAUAGUUUUAUCUUCAAUAUUUUCUACAUAUGUGUUACCGUUUGAGCAAUAGAUGAAUAUGAACCCAAAAUUCCAAAAAUUAUUGCCAUUAACAUUAUAACAGCAAUGCCUGCAAGCUCAAAUCCCCACUUCCUGUAAACUUGAAACAUCUUCAAGUAACAAAGACAUGGAAGCAAGAAGGAAACAACCAUUAUGAGUAAUGCUCCACUGAGAGAUGCCACAGACUGAAAAGAUGGAAAAACUGCGGCACAAACCACAGUGCUCACCAGCAAAGCCACUCUGAUGAUAAUUCCUGUUGGUUUACUGUCUUGAUAAUUGGCUGGCAAUCCAUUUUCAAUAGCAGUGGCAAUUGACAUUACUGUUAAUGCAAAUUUGGCAAUAGGGAUAGCUAUA